AUGUCAACAACUACAUUAAUUAAUUUGGUACGGAAUGGAGGGUAUCAAGUAAGAAGGAGAGCUGUGCUGACAUCCCGCCUCUUGCAAGACGAGAAGCGUCCAACAGCCGCCUGCUAUAGCUCCACAUCUGAGCGCCGUGCUUCCCGCUUCGAUCCAGAAGGGAGUGGGCGACCUACCACAUGGGAUACCUUUGGCAUCUGGGACAAUCGCAUUGAUGAACCUAUUCUCCUCCCGCCAAGCAUAAAGUAUGGGAAGCCAAUUCCAAAAGUAAGCCUAGCCAAUGUGGGCUGCAGUAGCCAUAUUGGAAAACGCAAGGAAAAUGAAGACCGGUUUCAUUAUGCUCAGCUGAGGGAGGACGUCCUGUACUUUGCAGUAUAUGAUGGACAUGGUGGGGCAGCAGCAGCUGACUUCUGUGAUAAGUACAUGGAAAAAUACAUUAAAGAAUUUCUUGCUGAGGAGGAGAACUUGGAAAAUGUUUUGAAUAAAGCUUUUCUAGAAAUAAACAAAGCAUAUGAAAGGCAUGCUCAUCUGUCUGCUGAUGCAACUCUGAUGAACUCCGGGACCACUGCAACAGUGGCUCUGCUCCGGGAUGGUAUCGAGCUGGUUGUGGCAAGUGUGGGAGACAGUCGUGCUCUGCUGUGUCGAAAGGGGAAGGCCAUGAAACUCACCACUGACCAUACUCCAGAAAGAAAAGAAGAGAAGGAAAGGAUUAGGAAGUGCGGUGGCUUCAUUACCUGGAACAGUGUGGGACAACCUCAUGUGAAUGGUAGACUUGCAAUGACACGGAGCAUAGGAGAUUUGGAUCUUAAAAACAGUGGUGUGAUAGCCCAGCCAGAAACAAAAAGGGUUCAGUUGCAGCAUGCUGAUGACAGCUUCCUAGUCCUCACUACAGAUGGUAUUAACUUCAUGGUGAACAGUCAGGAGAUCUGUGACUUCAUUAGCCAGUGCCAUGAUCCCGCUGAAGCUGCCCACGUUGUUACUGAGCAGGCAAUACAGUUUGGCACGGAAGACAACAGCACAGUAGUUAUAGUGCCAUUUGGAGCAUGGGGGAAGUACAAAAAUGGUGAGAUCAACUUCUCCUUCAGCCGCAGUUUUGCUUCCAGUGGGAGGUGGGCAUGAAGACCUGCCACAGCUAUCUUUUCCUGCCAUAAUCUGGACACAGCGUGCUACAGGAGAAAACAUCCAUCUGUUCAUAGGUUGACUCGUUGUCUUGUCCAUCUCUUCUGUUCCCAGUGUUAUAGAAGAUGCUACUACUCCUUGGUGUGUAAUGACCCAUUGUUGCUCAUGGCUGAUUGCAUUUUGCUGCAGUUAU